AUGGCAUCACUUUCCUUUGCCCUGGUGGGCAGGACAGCCGGCUACAUCGUUGUGCUCCUUCUUGUUCGAUUUGUUUACCGGCUCUACACCGUACGCAUGAAGAUCCGAAAGUACGCCAAAGAUACCAACACACUGGGCAUGCCUCACCACUUCAUCUUUGGCCACAUGAUUGAAAGCGGCAAAGCCUUCAAAGACGUCCCAAUGGAGAUCAACCGCCUAACACUCAUGUCACUAUUUCUGCGCCAACACUCAGAUAUUAUAAAAGAUGGCGUUAUCGUGAUGGAUGUCUGGCCGAUGAUUGAUCCCAUUCUCUAUGUCAUGGAUCCCGAGAUAGUGUCUCAGUUUUCCAAUCAGCAGGUGUUGGCAAAGACUCUCCCCAAAUCGAAUCAGCUGAAAGAUAUGUUCACACCCAUGUUCCAGGGCAAGGACUUGUUGACGAUGGAUGGGCCUGAGUGGAAAAGAUGGCGGGCGAUUUACAACCCCGGUUUCUCUGCCAAAAAUGUUGCGACGAUGGCUCCGGAGUUCAUUGAGGAGAUCGAUAUUUUCAAGAGGCAUCUGAGGAAGGUUGCCAAGUCGGGGAAGGUCGUCAAGAUGCAGCAGUUGGCUAUAAAUUUGACGAUUGAUGUCAUCGGUCGUGCUGUCUUGGGCCACAACUUCAAGUGCCAAGCAGAAGGCAACCCUCUCGAAAAAGCAAUCGCCGACCAGGUCAAAUGGCUCAUCCCCAACCGAACCCCCGACGCCCUCGUCAAACUCCUGAACCCCUUCCGUCUCUACGACCUCUGGCGACUAGAGCGCAUCAUCCGUAACGUCCUCGCCCCAGCCGUAAGAGAGAACCUCUCCAACGAAACCUCCACCACCCUUCACGAGACCAUCCUCUCCCUCGCCGUCAAAGCAUACCUGGCCGAGAACCCCGACUCCAACCCCAGGUUCGACCUCGAAGCCUUCCUCAAUCGCACCACCUCCCACCUCAAAAUCUUCAUCUUCGCCGGCCACGACACCACCGCCACCAGCCUCUCUAAAAUCGCCGCCAACCCCCAACUCUUGAACUCCUUGGUUUAUACAACAGCCGUAAUCAAAGAAACCCUCCGCAUCUUCCCUCCUGCGCUGACUGUCCGUCAGGGCCGCCCAGACGUAACCCUCCACAACUACAAAACAGGCAAGACCUACCCCACCGACGGGUUCCUCGUCAUCGGCGCGACAUUUGCCACCCACAAGUUAGAGGAGUAUUUACCCCGCAACGAAGAAUUCCUCCCAGAGAGGUUCCUCGCAAAAGAAGGGGAGGAGUUGUAUGUAGGCAAGAACGCCUUCCGGCCGUUUGAGCUGGGACCGAGGGCGUGUAUAGGGCAGGAGCUGGCGAUGAUGGAGUUGAGCAUGAUACUGGGGCUGACGGUGAGGGAAUUUGAUUUUGAGGUGGACGAGAGCGUGUUUAUGGAGGGGGGGAAGAGGUUGUGGGGACAGAGGGUUUAUAUGGUUGGGGGGUUGGCGGGACAUCCGAAGGGGGGGAUGCCGAUGAUGGUUAAAGUGAGGGGGAGGUGA